CCAUCAUGCAUCAUCCAGCACAGGUUCACCGGAGCAGGGACGAUCGGAGUUUGCUUUAACGCCCGAUGUGCGUGUAGAGAGCUGUGAGUCUCUCAACAACAGCCUGGCCUCGCUGGCUCCCUCUGACCACAGCGACAGUCCACAGUUUGCGCCUCAGACCAUAGAGCAAAUCAAUGCUUUAACUGGGUUUUCGAGAAAACGGGCCCUAUUCCUGACGUUUCGUUCCAGGGUAUGGCAUGGUAAAACAAGCUUGUGUUAUGAUGCAGAAAUGUACGCUAUAUGUGUGACUACCAGCCACCCAUUAUCUCCUACCUGCUGCUCAGAGUGUAUGCUCAUGGUCGAGUUUCUCUAGCAGUAUUGGACAUUCAGGCUAUUAAACCUGGACAUCGGAGAAAUCAAUAAGCAUUUCUUGGUAGAGAGCUGAUGUUGGCUUUUUGAAGGCAUGUUUUGUUUUGCCUGCUGCGAGAAAUGGAAACAUGCUGUUGUGCGUGUUGAUGUAUCGUGAGAGUUCAUUAAAGGUGAAAAAGGCCUUUUCUCUUGCUUUGUUCUCACCUGUGAUUAUUGUUGGCCUCACUAAGAGAGCAACAACCCAACCAUGUGCCACAGCAUAAUAGAAGCUGCACAUGCAGAUUUCCACCUGCCUAACUCUUUUGUGUGUGUGUGUGUGUGUGUGUGUGUGUGUGUGGUACAGAACUGUAUAUGCUGUAAUCAUGGCCCUACCCUUUGCUCAUGACAGGACUGCACUGUGGUGUGGCUAACCAUAUACUGUACUGAAGGCUUCUGCCUUUGAAUCCUCUUCAAUAUGGCCUUGUUUAAACACUGUGCAACCCAUGUUAAUGAAAAGUGUGACCUUUUAUUCAGAGCAGCCAAUCUGCAGGGUAAAAAAGAACAUUACAUUCUAGGACUACAAUUUAGCUGAGCAUAAGGUCACAUCAAGGAGUUUUAAAGGCAGCACAUGUAUAAACUGGCUCUGUAGUCAUUACAGGGAUAGAAAUCUUGUUUCACUGCAGACAACACGGUUUAAACUACAUGUAACUCUUCAAGAGGUUUGGUUUAUGUGCAUACUUGUAUUAUGCCGCUAAACCAGAUGUAAUUUUCUGCAAAUCUGGAGAUCCAGCUGGACAUCUAGCUCUGCACAAAAGUGCACGUUUCAGAACAAACAUGCCGAUUGCGAUGCUUUAUUGCAAGCAGAGAAGCCAUUGCAGUGAUACAGCAGUCACCAUCUACAUUCUCCUGUGAAAAAAGGGGCACCUAAAGUACUUUAAACAAUAUAGCUAAUACACCGCCUGGAUGUUAGAUUGAGUGGUACUAAAAUCAAAGUGCAUUAGAGAAGGUGGAUUAAAAACACAGACUGAGGAUAGACGGGGGCGUGUUCUUUGUCAGAUGAGUCAUCACUGAAGUUGAUAUACACCAUAACCUAAAACAUACUUUGGUUUGGACAGCAUAGGAGUAACAUUCUCUGCUGGUCUCCUACUUCCUCUUAAUGUUUUAAAUAACUUAAUAAAGAAAUAAAAAGUAAAAAUAACACAAUUACGUUUCAAUAUCAACUAAAGUGUGUUCAGCAACUCCUGUGUAUUCCAAACUAAUUAAGUGACCUGAAAAUAAGAAUUCAUGGUUAAAAUUAUCCCUCCACAAAAAAAAUAGUACCUUGAAAGUAAGUUGAAAAUUUCCACUUACUUUUCUACCCCCUGAAAUUGGAAGACUUCUUGUGUUACACCAUAUUCUACAUUUACCCUUCACCAUUAAGAUAAAAGGGACACGUCGAAACGCCCAGUAGUUAGGGGUUAGUUCAUAAAUGUAUAGAAGUCUGUGGCUCUGAGCAGUGGCACGUCCCAGCUGAUGCGCCGAUUCCAUAUGGCUGAUCUGUAAUUACUGUAAAUUAGAGAGUUUCUGUAGCAACAUCCCAGUUACAGAAAGUACCACCCUGCAUUGGUCAGCACGUUCCAGUCCAGGCUGGGAGGCAGUGUAGACCAGCAGUUUGAACGUAUGCAUAAUUUGGAAUAAGAGACUGUGACGUUGUUGGAAACGACAAGCUGUACACGUUGAACACGUAGUUCAGUGGCUAGACAGGGUGGUAGAUACAGCUGUGGAGCUGUAGCAUUUAAAGUAUAUUUUUGUAGCUGAAUUGUGCAAGUUGUCUGAGGCUGUUGACCCAAGGCUACACAGUAGCUACCAGUUUUGGUUUUCUUUAUCUCCCCCUUAUCACCCUUUGUAGAAAAGAUUUCUUCAUGUAACUGUUUGACUUUUGCACCAAGAAAACUUGAGAUGAUGUAAUUUGAGGGACAGAUAUACAGUUCAGUCACAUUACCUCCCCCCUUUCCUGAUGCUGUGCUCUGAUUAGAUUAGCUAGCUGGCGGCAGCUAUGCUACCCCUCUGCUGAUGUCAUCUCUAGGACUGUGCUGUGUUUCUCUCCCAGUAUCCCUCCUCUUGCUUUUAUGGAUGACUGAGCAAGAAGUGAGGGAUUGUCCUGGGAGGUGAGUGGACUGGUUGGCUCCCGUUUGGAUGGGGAUCAGUGGAGUGAGGGUCAGAAAGGCAGUGCUUGCUGGCCUGGACUCUACUCCCAGGAGUAAAGCAGUUUAGCUCUAUCAGGCAGCUGGCCUGUUUGCUGCUGCAUCGUAACGGUAAAGGGAGUGGACCAUGAAGAUUGACAAGCAAAAAUACAGUAAGGACUCCGUGUUCUUCCGUGAUGGAGUGCGCAGGAUCGAUUUUGUUCUGUCCUAUAUUGACGAUAAAGAUGAUCAAAGGAAACAGGAAAGGAGGAGGGUGUAUGAAUCCAACUUACAGAAAGUCGGCCUGGAGCUGGAGACAGAAGAUAAAACUGAGUCAGAGGAUGGAAAGACUUAUUUUGUCAAGAUCCAUGCUCCGUGGGAAGUACUGGCCACAUACGCAGACGUGCUGAAAAUCAAGGUUCCUUUCAAGGUCAACGAUAUCCCAGACAACAGCGAGAUCCCCAUGAACUGGCUGUCGACGCCUUUCCGUCUGCCGGGGCACAUCAUGAACCCUGAGCCAGACUAUUUCACAGCUCCAUUCAACAAGAGCAAGUCUGACUUCUUCCUUAUCGAAGACAAAGAGACGUUCUUCCCUCCUUCUACUCGCAACAGGAUCGUCUACUAUAUCCUGGCACGCUGUCCAUACUUUAAGGAUGAAUGUGGGGAUAGAGACAAGAAGGGAAUCAAGAGGUUGCUCAACAAUGGGACCUACACUGCUGCCUUUCCUCUGCAUGAUUCAAGGUACUGGACAAAGUCAAAGGAUCCCAACUGCGAAAGUGAAAGAUUCAGUCUCUACAAAUACUGGGCCAAAUUUUUUUGUUUCUUCAAGGAGCAGCCCCUCAAUCUUGUGAGGAAAUAUUAUGGAGAAAAGAUAGGUAUUUACUUUGCGUGGCUGGGUUUCUACACUGAGAUGCUGUUCUUCGCUGCUGUAGUUGGGACAAUUUGUUUCGUUUAUGGAUUCCUGACAUACGAUGACAAUGAAUGGAGUAAAGAAAUAUGUAGUGAGGAAAUCGGAGGCAAUAUUGUCAUGUGUCCCCUUUGCGACCAAAAGUGUACCUACUGGAGACUCAACAUAACAUGCAACUCCUCGUGGCAAUCACACCUAUUUGACAAUGUGGCAACUGUGUUUUUUGCCAUAUUCAUGGGGAUUUGGGUUACGCUGUUUCUGGAGUUCUGGAAGAGGCGGCAGGCGCGUCUGGAGUACGAGUGGGAUCUGGUUGACUUUGAGGAGGAGCAACAACAGCUGCAGCUUCGGCCAGAGUAUGAGACCAAGUGCACCAACCGCAAGCUGAACCGCAUCACUCAGGAAUCAGAGUGGGUUCUUGAAAGGACUGCUACAGAUGUAAUGGGAAAAUUGUUUCUGUGCUGGGCCAGCGUGAUCCUCUGGAUCUCAUUGAUCAUUGCCUGCAUCAUUGGGGUCAUAGCAUACCGCUUGGCGGUAUACGCAUCCUUUGCUAGCAUCAUGAAGAACAAUACCGCCACCAACCUGGACGUGGUUGCCCCCUACGUCACCCCACAGCUGGCCACUUCUGUCACUGCCUCUUGCAUCAACUUUGUUAUCAUCAUGAUCCUCAACCUCUUGUAUGAGAGAGUGGCUAUUAAGAUCACUGACAUGGAAAUUCCAAAGACCCACGUGGAGUAUGAGAACAAACUGACAGUGAAGAUGUUCCUCUUCCAGUUUGUCAACUAUUACUCUUCCUGCUUCUACGUGGCCUUCUUUAAGGGAAAGUUUGUUGGCUAUCCUGGAAAUUAUACCUAUAUGUUUGGAAGCAGCAAACUGAGGAAUGAAGAGUGUGAACCUGGUGGUUGUCUGAUUGAGCUGACCACCCAGCUGGUGAUAGUGAUGACUGGUAAACAGGUGUGGGGCAACAUCCAAGAAGCUCUCGUUCCGUGGCUGAUGAACUGGUGGGGCAGCAGGAAGGCACGAAGUCACCCGGAGAGUCUGUACAGCCGCUGGGAGCAGGACUACGACCUGCAGGGCUUUGGGCAACUAGGCCUCUUCUAUGAAUACCUGGAAAUGGUGAUCCAGUUUGGUUUCAUCACACUGUUCGUUGCCUCCUUUCCCUUGGCACCCCUGCUGGCACUUAUCAACAACAUCAUUGAGGUUAGAGUGGAUGCCUGGAAGCUCACGACGCAGUUCAGACGCCCUGUAGCAGCCAAGGCCCACAGCAUAGGAGCCUGGGAGGAAAUCCUUGGUGGGAUGGCCGUACUCUCUGUAGUCACAAAUGCAUUCAUCGUGGCCUUCACCUCUGAUAUGAUCCCACGGCUAGUGUACAUGUAUGCCUACCGUACACACGAUGAGCUGAAUAUGAAAGGCUACAUAAACAACAGCCUGUCAGUGUUUAACAUCUCUCAGUUCUCCCUAGAAGAAAGGCCUGAGGAAUAUCCAUCCUGGUUCAACAGCAGUAUCACAACAUGCAGGUAUCGCGAUUACCGCUAUCCUCCUGACGAUAAGAAGAGGUACGAACACAACAUGCAGUUCUGGCAUAUUUUGGCUGCCAAGCUGGCUUUCAUCAUCAUCAUGGAGCAUGUUGUGUUUAUGGUCAAGUUCUUUGUGGCCUGGAUGAUUCCUGAUGUUCCAUCUGACGUGAGGGCUCGAGUAAAGAGAGAGCGCUACCUGGUCCAGGAGUACCUCCACAACUAUGAAGUGGAGAAAUUGAAGAUCCAGCUCAGCCAGAACAGCAACAAUGAGUGCACCUGCACACCCAUGAUCUACCCAUCUUUAUCCAAACAUGAGGUGCUAUCAGAGUGCCUCUAGCCCAGCAAGCUGCUGGUCAGUCAGUCGAACACAGUGACAUAGAUUUCCCUGCUUGUGUUUUCUGAUUCUGACCACCAGUUUGCUGCAAUGCCAUGACACUUGCUAAAGUGCUAGACCUCUUGUUCUUUACUCACAGCCAUCCCUCUUCUGCUAAUCAAGCAAUAGCAGAAGAUCACACAGGUGAAAGACCAAGUCUCCAUGCAUGCUGAAAGUUUGAGACACUUGACUUUAAACGUCUGUCGCAUAUUUAUGAUUUCUCACUCUCUGUGUUCUAAUUGUGGUGUUGAGGAUGAUCACAAAUUUGGUUUAAGGAAAGACAAAAUCUUAUACACUGUGUGUCAACCAGAGAGCUUUCUUAUGUUCUAAAUACAAGCCUAUUUAUUGUUAAGUGCCACUAUGAGUAACCAAAGAUUCGAUGCCUUAAUGUGUAAAGCAUAUGUUGUCAUUGGUGUAUCAGUCAAAUGAUAACUAAUGUAGUUUUAAGGCAGAGUUUGCUUAUUCUUGAAUAUUUUUUACUGUAUGUGCAGCUUUGUAGAGCCACACAAUAGAAAUUCACGUUCAGCUCUAUUGUUUGUUUGUUUCUGUUUUUACUGUGAGCAUUGUUUAUUUCUCUGCAUCAAGGUCGCAGCACAACUUUAACAAAACCUUUCCUGUUCUUCACGCCACUGGCAGUUAGGAGGCCCAGGCACAUUUUUUGCUAUAUGCUCACAUUGGCCUCGACAGUUUCUGCAGGCCCAAACCUGACAUGUGAAGUAGCUACUUUGUUUUUUUUCUUUAAAUGAACGGAACUCUGUGCUGCUGUUACCGCUGUGGCGAAGGACAGAUUUUGUCCUCCAGUGGCCAGUUUUUCAGCCACAGAAGCAGCAGCUGGUGCAUGUUGAAUGUUGACAGUCCGCCCCAUUCUUGGAGAUGGGAGUGAAGAGAUCCCUUUUUAAUGUGCCUAUGUUUACCAACACAGAGCUAAUGAAAGCCGGCCCUCACCUACUGAACUAUGUUUGCUCCAUUACACAAAGCACAUCAGCCAUCACCGCCUUCUUGUGCUUCUGGCUUCCUCAGCAGUGUCUUUGUAGAGAAGGAAAGACACACAUUUUGUUUUUUGGUUGUUUUUUUUGUUGUUGUUGCACAAAGCACUUAAUGAAACAUGACUACCGAGAUAUAAACAUGUAAAUGUAAUUCUUGUCAUGACACUACAGAUUCAUGAGCAGUGUUUUGAAGUGUGUGCGAGUAACUGUUCCUUUAAAUGGAACAGGAGUCGUGCUGUAGGUAAGGAGUUCAAUGUUCUUUUAAAUGUUAACAAGAAGAUUAGAGAUGAUAUGAAGGACAUUUCACAUUAUGUGGUUAUAUAGAGACAUGAGAAAUAUCUGUUUCUGAAGUAUUUGAAUUUAAGUAGCUGACUGGUUGUGCUGUAGACUCUGUUUGAGGUGUAUUUACCUGUGACCACCUUACUGUUACAUUUUGCCUUACUUAUUAUGUCUUCCUAGUUGAACCAGUGCCUGUUAAUGCCUUAAUGCAUCUAGUACUUUCCCUUUUGUGUGUAUUUCCCCUUUAUUUAUCUUUCAUGCUCACUUUCUUCCCUCCUGUAUUUCAUUUGUUUUGCUAUAAUAGGUCAAAUGUCCACGCUUACAGAAAAAGGUGAAGGAGUUUACUGUUUCCUUAUAGUUUAAAUUUGUUUUUUCUAUUUUCUUAUGUUAUUUUUGUAAACCAGUCCUAUAUCCAAAAUGUGUAAUGUACCAAAAAAAAAUAAAGAAAGUACUAAUUAAACUUGA